CAACAUCAACCAUAACCCUUGAAAGAGAGCAAAAAAACAGUCCUAAUGAGUGUGUCCAAAGGGGUAUCCAGUCCCGCAUUGUUCUACAGGUUGCCACCGACAAAAGUUUUACUCGAGAAAGAAAUCAAACAAUCGCAAUUGUUGACUACACUCUACACAAAAAAUAACAUAUCUAAUAAUGAUGAUAUCAACUGUAUAACUUCACUACCAUUAGAGGUGAAAGGACGGAAGCAUGUAUUCCAUGAAGUUAAAUUGGAGCAUCCAGAUAAACUGGGAGCAAGCCUUUUCUUCAAACAAGUGUUCAAAUACGGAAAGACGUUGUAUGGGUUCUAUAAAGUUGGGGUUGUCAACAUUUGGAACAAUAAUAAACAAACCAAACAAUUAAGAAACCAUAUAUUUAAAAUUGGGAACCAAUUAGAUAAUCGUGGUAAUGACAUUUCCAUAAAACUACCACCAUUCACCAAGUUAACGGAAAUAAUGGCCCAGAAAUUGUCUCUGGACAGAAUAGAAUACCGGGCACGUAAUCUGCGAGCCACCGGUGAUGUCAAACGUAGCACCGGUUUUGACUAUGAACAAACUAUAACACCUGAAUUAUUCAACAUAUCAAGAAGUCAAUAUCAACUACUCAAACGUACUCCUCAUGAUGUGAUUAGACUUCCAUUAUUUGCGCUUAUUGCAUUGAUAUUCGAAGAGUUAACCCCCUUGAUCUGUUAUGUCUUCCCCGAAAUCACCCCACGUACAUGUGUAAUUCCACCAUUAUUGCCCAAAAUAUGGUCUCUGAAGCCGAUCAAGACUUUAACCACGGAAACCAUCCACAUGAAUGAAACUAAAUUAGCUGAUUUAUCCUUGAAAACCGCCUAUAAUUUAGAGCCUCAUCGCGUGAAACUAUUAGCACGAGCUUUGGGACUAACUAGUAAAAUUGUUCCUACAUCCCUUUAUCCAAUAUCUUAUUUACGCAACCAGUUACAACACCAUUAUAAUUACUUGCAAGUUGACAAUUAUUAUUUAUGUGGGUUCAAUUCCCAAGCCAAUAUCUGGAAUCUUACCAACCAAGAAUUGUUAUUAGCAUGCUUGGAAAGAAAUUUGAUCUUUGAUAUUAAACUAGAUGUAGCCCAGUUUAACGAGUUAAUUGACGAUGCUUCCAAACAAGCAUUUGAAAAGAAAUAUUUUGAUGAUUUGCGAUAUAAGCUUUUGCAAUUUUUAAUCGACUUUCCAAAUGCGAAUAUCGGGUAUUUGUGUAUAACCCAUUCGAUUUCAAAUCGAAAGGAACAAACUGACAAACUUGUUGAAUUGUUUGAGUGAUUUCUUAGCACGCUCCCCCCAUAUAGACUGUAAAUAGUAACAUCUUUUAUAUGAAUAGCUACUGUAAAUAAUGCUAAAUAUUUAUACUAUUUGAAGAAUUAAAAUAUGCGUAUUUGUCUAUAAAUUGUCUAGUAAAACAUCCCCAGUGAAGGAUUCAAAGCGCCUUCACGCAAGACAACAUUCUUGAAUUGUCUAUCACGAGUAUCUUGAGGGAAAAUAUCAACAUCUGAUUGACUGUCGUCCUCACCUGAUUCAUUGUGUAUUACUACCUUAAACCCAACUUGCUCAUCUGAUUUAUGGUCUUGAAACAAGUACAACGAUUGACCACUCGUUAAUUUCGCCUUUUUAUCUCUUCCAAUAAUCGUACUAUUUAUAAUGCAUGAGUUUGUGCUCAUGUCCAACAACCAAAUCCCGUCAUUCUCACUUUUAUGAAUCAAACAAUGGAUUUUCGAUAAUCGAUCGUCAUUAAAUUCGAAAUCACACGCAUCACUUCUGCCAAUGGAAAACACCGGUUUAUUAAUAGAAAUGGCCCGACCACAAAGCGAUCCCGGCAAAGGCUCCAACGUGAUAAAUGCAUCUUCAUUAAUAUUCAGAGUUGCAGACUCUUCUUUGAUGUCCAGCAACUCAUUAUUCUUCAAGUACGAAGGCUCGUGGAUACUCAAUGCUUCAAACUUGCGUAUCUUGGAACGUUUGCCAUU